AUCUCUCCUGCUCCACAAGUAAACAGCUCUUCAUAGUUUUGUCUCCCACUUGAGUCAGAGAGAGAAUGUGUGGGGCAGGCUUAUUUUUCACUGCACAUAUUUUUCUUGUUUGUAGUCUUAUUUUGGAAUUUGUCAAUGUGAGAUGAUCUCAUGAAACUGAAAGCUGUUGUACUGUUUUGUCUGAUGCAGAAGCAAAGUCAAGUCUGGACGUGUGAGCUGAGGAUAGGAGCCAGCGUGGCCUGGGGAAUCAAUAUACCUCCACCUCUUGAGAUCCUUUGUUGGUUUCCAAUGAUCUCUAGAAGUAACCAGAACACUCCAGUAAUAAAGAAGGAAGUGAAGCCCAGAUUGCUGCUGGGCUCAGCAGAGGAUUCUCCAUUUCCCCUUCUGUUGCAAAGAGAACUCUCCAGAGUGAAUGAGCAGAAUGAACACAAAAGAGGAACAGCACAAGCAAACUGUGAUGGUGAAAUGCCAUGAAUUCCUCACUCAAGCAGGUUGGAGACAUUUCCUGUCCUGGAAGUCUGGAACUGAAUUAUUGUCCAAAUAGCCUUACUUCAAAGUAUUUGUGGGAGUAGAAAGCCAAAUUGCUUGAGUGUAAUUGUUCAGUGUUGAUUGGGGGAGAGGAAAGAGGAGUGGCUUAGGAAGUCAUUCUGUGUUUAAGAUCAUAGGAACCAUAGGGUCCGUCAUUUUUAUGCAGACUAGCAUCCGCUGGUUACCAAGAAGAAAACCCUGGAAGGGAAGAAUUUGGGGAACUGGAAGAUACAAGAACCUCUGAAGCUACUUAGGAGUGUAGGCAAAAUGAAGCUGACUCUGGUACAAAUCUUUUUCAUGCUGCUGCUGCUGCUGCUGGGCCUGGGGCUGGGCCUGGGGCUGGGGCUUCACAUGGCCGCAGCAGUCCUGGAGGAUAUUGAUCAGCCACUGAACCAGUUUUGGUCCAGUGACUCACAGGACAAAGUCGAGACCACUGAGGAGGGAAAAGGCACACAAGCCACAGAAAGCCUGGUGCUUAGCAACAAAGGAACAGAGCAACCUGACUCGCCAGAAGAGACCUUCUCCAGUGAAGAUGAGGUGGGAGGAAACAAGGUGCUCAGAGACAAGACUUUCUUGCGGAGCAACCAAGAAGAUUUUAGGCUUAGUUUGGAGGCCAGGGAAUGCAAUAGCAUGAUGGCAAACAAGGUGAAGGAGCACAAUCGCAGCUGCAUAUUUGAGUACACAUUCAUCCACGAGGAAAUCAACACAGUCAGAGCUGUCUGUAGCAGUCCUGUUGUUGCCUGUGACCUCAAGGGGAUAAAAUGUCACAGAAGCCCCCGUCCUUUCGAUUUGACAUUCUGCAAGUUGUCCAAGUCCGGCCAGCUCACUCCUAACUGUAAUUAUCUGACUUUCAUUCUGGAAAGGGUCAUUGUCAUAACCUGUAAUGGCAUGAACCUCCAUUUAACAUCUAUACAGUGAAGCAACUCAUCCUCUUCUUUCUCUUCUACCUUUUUCUUUUCCUUUUCCACUUCCACUUCUCAAGUUGCACUCCUCCUCUUAGGUAAUCUUGCAGAGAAUUUUCUAGGAAGAGAGGAUGAACUAUUCUUUAUCAACAUCUUCUAAAAAUGUUAUUCUUCUUUGCCUUAGGGACCAUCCAACAUGCAUCUUGUCCCUGGACUUAGAGGUGCUUAAGAGAGUAAUGAUGCUCAGUUUCUCUAUUUUUCCUCUCCAAUCUUUGCUGUGGAAGGGGAUAAAUAAAGGACUGCUCCUGCCCCUCCAGUGGCCCUGGUCAUUAGUCUGUUCCCUGGUCUGAGUUUGCCUUUGAGUGUGGACUGGCAGAGUUUUAUUUAAUGCCUCUAUUUCCUAUGUUCCUCCCUGCGACCCACCUCAAACCUCUACAGCAAUCACUUGAGACUUCUGAGGUUUGCACACCUAUCCUUUUUUGCACUGUGAAUGCAAUUAAAGUGAUUGUGUUUGUGACUGUGUCUAGAA